AUGGCCAAAGGAAUCACAUCCCGAAGCCAUUGGCGCGCACGACGAAAGAUCUCCGAAUCCACACGUUCAAAUCGCCUCAAACUUCACAAGGAGCCACAAAAUAUAAGGUUGGUCGAUGAAUAUUCAUUUCAGUACAAUGAAUUCCUUACAAUUCAAGAGAUGGCCGAUGGAGUGAAAUUUGGCCGAUCGCGAGCAAGUAAAAUGGCCGACAAUCCAAAUCACGGCAUUUACCGCGGCCACCGGCUCAAAUCACCUCCAUCAAGCCUCCACAUCGCAUCUAAAGAAGAAAAUCCAGAUUGGAACGAGCAGAAUUGGAGAAGACCGACGGAAGACGUUCCCGGAGCCAAUUUGAAAUUUUUUCAAAGAAGAUCUAAAACCACUCGUUCAAACGACCCCAAACUUCACCAGUCGCCAUAUUAUACAAUAUUGGUCGACGAAAUUUCAAGAUAG